UACGUACUUUGGAAAACCAAGCUUCCAGUGUCCAUUUGCAUCUUUUCGAGACACUCGAAUCGCAGAGAAGGAAGAAAUCACGUUACACCACCAUCACACGAAGCGAGUCACUGUCAGUGUUAUCUGAUUUAUCUGUGAUAUUAUUAAGUGAAUAAUUUGUGGCGCUUUGUGUGAGCUACCGAUAAGGGGGAUCCUACUCCGUCCUCGAAGAAUACUUCCAUUUGGAAAUUGGAAAAUAAAUAAACCCAGUAUUGUUUAAAUGGAGUACCUUUCAACGCUGGAGUUAAGGGAGUUCUGAGAAGCGAGCUGAACCGUAUCAUUCCCGAGCGAAAUUAAAACUAAUAAAUACAGUGAAUGAAGAUUAAAUGACAAUUCGAUACGCUUGGGUUGUUUGUAACAGACAACUUUGAAACCAGAGCAGAAUCAAAUUGUAGUGUAAAGUGCUCCACUCCUUGGGGUGAGUUUGGAUAUUUGUAAGGUGAUACGAGUAGAAAACAUACCAAGUAAAAAUUGUGCCAGCAUAAAGUCAUCUUCCACGUUUGUGUGACUGAAAGUUGAAAAACAAAACUAGUGUUGAACACUUUGAAUUACGAGCAAAUUACAUCACAAUCAUAAACUUCAAAUUUGUAGAACAAUGCAAUAAAAUCAACUAGAAUAUUACCGAGGUCGACAAGUGUUUCAAAUACAAUUGAUGUGUGUAUUAUUUUUCGAGGCAAACAAACCAAUAAUUAUCCCACGUGACAUUUACACCAGAAUAGACUUUGCAAAGUACUCCACUGUUUGCUUCUGGGAAAGACAACUGAUUCGUUAACUAACGCCACAAAAGUCAUUUUCUGUGAAAUCUCAACUGUGAAUAUAAUGCUAUUUAAGAAUAAUAUCGCAGAAUCAUUACUAAUAUGUGUAAGUUAGGGUAUAACUCCAGAAGCUUCGUUCAGUAAUCACCAAUUGUGAACAAACGACUUAAUCGAUUUAAAAUAGUUAAAUAAAUAAGUAGUGCAGUGCGGUGAAGAGCCUACCGAAAGGCAACAAUAAUUUUAACUGUGACUAAAGAAAAUAUGACUCUGGAAAAAUAAAUCUUUGUGUUCCAAAAUAAAAAAGAAAAAAAACAUUUAAAACUAGAAGCUUUAGACAAGUGUUUAGCACGAAAGAUGCAAAACUGAAACUAGAGUUAUCGUUACGAAAGCAUUACACAAGGAUACCUAAAGCCGAUGUCCGCUAGAAAGACUGUUUCCUGCCAAAAAGGACUGGCACCGUGGUGAGAAUUUACAAACUAAUUAGCAACCAUAAGAAGCUGAACUGUUCCUAACGAGAGUAAGAACUUAAAGUGUAACUACAUUCCAAAAAACACAACCAAUAAGAACAAAAAAAAAUCUAAACGGGUGCAGCUCCUACCGAGAACGAAUACAGCCAAUGAAAACGAAUAAAAAUACAAUGCAUAAACGCAUUUACUCAACACGAUAUGAACAAGUCUGAAACGCUUUAAGAACAUGUUAAGUAAAUAUCAGAAACGGUGUUUGAUGAAAAGAGGAAAGCCGAAUCUUUUCUGUGGGUAAUAGAAAGGUGACGAUUAUUGUGAAGGGAUUUUAAAAUCAUUAAAUCGCAAUCAUGAGUGCAAUAAACGACGCAAGUGAUGUUUGCCAAGUGCAACGGCAAAAGGUGAUCAUUAUCAGUAAUAACAAAUAUUGCUACGAAAUAAACUACAAGAGCCAUAAUAUGAUGAUAUUGUAUAAUGAAAAUACUGUGAAUAUGAUAUGUGAUUUUAUUUCCUACCUGAUUAAAUUUAACGUAAAUCUUAAUGCGAGUGUAAAGAGCAAAAUUUUAACGAUACGCGCAGCGAUUGACCAAAACCUUAAUGAUAAGAUCAAACCCAACAAGACCACUGAUGAAACGUACACUAAGGACCCAGUUAGGCUUAACGCAAACGAAAUCCGUACUACUUCUGGAUACACAUCAUUCGACGAGCUUUUGAGAUUGACUCAGCGCCAGCAAAAGCUGGAAGCAGCUGGCAUCAAUCUCUCUCGGGCGCUUCGUCUGUGCGGUGGGGGUGAAAGUUCACUGAAUAACGGGACAAGUGCUUGGGGGUCACCACCCUCCAAUAACAAUCCCGGAUCUUGGGGUGCCGUUGCAGCCCAACAGCAACAGGGAUGGGGAAAUCCCGCUCAGAAUGCCAACCAGAGACCGGAUCUAGCCAAAGCAAUGCAGCCUCCGCCACAGGUUCCAGGUGGAGGUGGUCCAUUAGUAGGACCCAGCAGCAAUAAUGCCAACAAUACCUGGAACCAGGUGGUCAACACCAAUAAGCCACCGUUACAACCUACACCUCAACAACCACCAAACCAACAACCUCCGCAGCAACAGUCAGGUGCAAACACAAACCAACCACCUCCUCAACAACAACAACAACAACAGCAGCAGCAGCAACAGCCCCCGCAACCACCAACAUCCGCCGGUAAUCCUCAGUCAGUCGCUUCAUCCAGUUCGUCUGCCAAGCUCGAGCAUUUGAAUUCAAUGCGCGAAGCUCUGUUCAGCCAGGAUGGCUGGGGCUGUCAACACGUCAACCAAGAUACUCAGUGGGAUGUGCCAGCUUCUCCGGAACCGGCCAAUAAGGAUGCUCUGAAGAUGAGCAUUAUAAACGGUACAGACAUCUGGGAGACCAAUCUUCGCAACGGAGGUCAACCGGUUAGUCAACAGCCAACACAAAAGACUCCAUGGGGUCCUUCCAGCAACAUCGGAGGAACUUGGGGCGUUGACGAUGACAGCAACAACGAGACGGCUAACGUUUGGACAGGGCCUACGGGUGGUCCAGGAAAUCCACCCGCAUCGGGACAACCAGGAUGGAACCAAAACAACAAUCCCAUGUGGCCACCGAACGUCGCCAAUGCACCACCGAAAAAGGAACCAGAAUGGGCCGGUAAUGUUGGAAUUACUGGUGGUGGAAAUAACUGGGAGAAUCGCAAUACAGCUGCCCCACCACCGCCUCCGCAUAUUGGAGCACCGCAAAUAGAACUGGGAAAUGUUGAUAUGCGCAACAUGCGUCCACCGGGAGCAAUCGAACCGAAUCGCGAAUUCCGUGGCGAUCUUCGUGGUAUUUCUGGACGCUUGAAUGGUUCCUCUGGAAUGUGGGAUCAACACCCAAUGCCAAAUACUCCACUCAACAAAAUGCCUCCUCAGGCUCCAAUGAUUAACAAUGCCGGCGGAAACAAUCAAUGGCCAGUAGGUGCUGGAGGUCCACAGAAUAUUGCUCCUCCAACAAAACCACCGAGUAGCUGGGAUGAGUCAUCUCCACCGACCAGUCGCCGUCCUAUACAAAAUAUGGAAGAUCACACAUCACUAUGGGGAGCUCCUGUCAAUCGUCCCAAUGGAGGUCCCGAUCCCAUGGUUCGUAACAGAAAUCCCCUUGGUGCCAACGCCGGACCAAUAGGAGGUCCCGGAGGAAUUGGUGGACCGAGACUUGGUGGUCCAGGAAACUCCAUGAAAUCAGAUAAUAUGUGGGGCCAUGGUGGACCGGGAUCUGUUCGCAACGGAUCUUGGGAAGACGGAGGAGGUAACUGGGAGGAAAAGGGCCCAGGCGGCCCACUUGGAAAUGCAGGAUCAGGUGGACCAAACUGGAACGAUAUACCUGGAAAUCCAUCAUCCUGGAACAAUAAAAAGCCGGUCCCUGCAGGUGGCAAUGUAUGGCCCGAAAGCUCUGACCUCAUUGGAGGAGAAUGGGGCGCCGGAAUGGGUGUUGGCAAGCCUCCAAACAAACACAAUCCUCAAGAUAUCCGUGGGACCAAGCAAUUCCGCAUUCUUUUCGAGAUGGGAUUCAAGAAAGAUGACAUUGAGCAAGCACUGCGUAGUUCCAACAUGGGUUUGGAAGAAGCCAUGGAGAUGUUGCAGCGCAACAACGGAAAUAAUAUUUCGGACUGGAGACGUCACGAUGAUCAUCCGGGAGGUUUCGAACCUCCGUUUAUUGGUGGUCGUUUCCCAGGCGGUGGCGGCGGCGGCGGGGGACCUUCUUUGCCGUUCCCACAAAACAAUCAAGGUGGACCGAAUAACAACAUUCCCGGCGGUCUCGGCUCUAACAAUCCGAAUCUGGGUAAUUUAGGCGGUUUGAACAAGCCGUUGCAAAAUUACUUGAACCAGGCACCACCAUCCGGGCCGAAUGGACCGUUCGGCCAAGGUAAUCCGAACAGUGUAGCAGGAAAUGUGCUAGGAGGCGGAGGCGGCGGCGGCGGAGGACAAAAUUCGUCCGCUCAACCGUCCACACAACAGCUUCGUAUGUUGGUACAGCAAAUACAGAUGGCAGUCCAGGCCGGUUAUUUGAACCAUCAGAUACUAAACCAACCGCUUGCACCGCAAACGUUGUUCUUGUUGAAUCAGCUUUUAAACAACAUAAAGCAACUUCAGGUUACUCAAAACAACUUACAGCGUGGAGGAGGUGGAUCCAACAAUCAAAUUUCCGCUAUUCCAAAGAUCAAGCAACAGAUAGCUGGAUUACAAAAUCAAAUCGCCAAUCAACAGGCUAUCUAUCUGAAACAACAACAGCAACAGCAGCAACAACAGUCUGGAAAUUCGAAUAACAUUAAUCAUCUGCGCGGCAACUUCCAUCCGGAUUCCAAUGAUUUGACCACACUACAGAAUAGUUUGUCUGAAAUGGGGUUAGGAAAAGAUCAAGGCGGUCCUUAUCAUCAUGGCCCUGGUGGCGGGGGUGGUGGAAAUGGUGGAGGCGGACCAGGAACCGGUGGUGGGUCCUCCAGUCAACAGUCUCGUUUGAAUCAGUGGAAAUUGCCAGCCAUGGAUAAGGAUGGGCAUGAUUUAACGGACUUCUCACGGGCCCCUGGCACUACUGCCAAAUCAACUUUGUCAACUGCUGGUUCAAGCAUCACAGGCCUGGGUGGUUUGCAGGGUGAUAAUACUUGGUCCACUGGCCGCGGAAAUAUCAGCGAUGGCUGGCCGGACUCUAGCGGAGAUGCAGGAAACAAGGAUUGGCCCUCAAAUCAGGAUACCUUCACCGAUCUUGUUCCUGAGUUUGAACCUGGAAAGCCGUGGAAGGGAACUCAAAUGAAGAUCGAGGAAGAUCCCACCAUUACUCCUGGCAGCAUUGCACGCAGCCCGAUUGCAUCCAUCUCGAUUGGAUCCACAAAAGAUUCGGAUCUAUUCGCCAACAAUAGCAAACCGUCACCGACUGAUUCUAUCAGCCUUUCUUCCCCUACUUGGAGCUUCAAUCCCAAUAAUAACAAUUUCUCUAGUUCCAUCUCGAAAAUCGCAACCAAGAACACUUGGUCCGAUACUGGGGCAUCCGAUCUUUGGGGAUCCGGUCUUGGUAGUGGAUCAGCGGGAGGAGCCAAAACUUCGCGCGGUCCUCCGCCUGGUCUUUCUGCGGGUAAAGGUAAUCCUGGUCUUAGUACCAAUGGAUGGAAUCAACGUGGUGUCGGCCAUGCUGGUGGAAACUGGCCUACUGGUGGUGGAGGCCCAGGAUGGUACUCUACAUGGGUUCUGUUGAAAAAUUUGACCACUCAGAUUGAUGGUUCAACGCUGCGUACCUUGUGCAUGCAACAUGGUCCGUUACAAAAUUUCCAUCUUUACCUGAACCAUGGUAUUGCGUUGUGCAAAUAUCUUUCACGCGAGGAAGCCAACAAAGCCCAACAAGCGUUGAACAACUGUGUUCUGGGAAAUACUACGAUCUGUGCCGAAUCUCCAACCGAUAGUGAAGUUCAAACUAUCUUGCAACACUUGGGAGUGCCGGGAAAUAACAAUAAUAACAACAACAACAAUAAUAACAAUAUCAACAAUAAUCUAGUUUCUUCGGGCAUUGGGAACUCUAGCGUCAACAACAAUAACGCCAACCAACCGUGGCGUUCGGGACCCCCGCAACAACCCUCUGUUCGCGCUACAGCAGACACCUGGGGCUCCGGGUGGCCAUCUUCCGGGGCCGGUUCCAACCUCUGGACACCGUUGGACAGACCGACCGAACGUGGAACACCAUCCAACUUGAACUCGUUCCUUCCCGAGAACUUGCUCGGCGGUGAAUUAAACUGAGUAACGAAGAGCAUGUGAGUAACCAGCACCAAAUAAAAAAAAUGAUACUCUAAUUAAGCUAUUUAGUUUGGCAAAACAGUGCUAAACCGUAACAAUCAAAAUGUUGAAACGCAACAGGAUCUACAAAAUUUUCACAAAUUUACUCAAACGUUGUACAAUGUUAGUAAAGUUUUUCGUACAACACAAAGCAGCGAUUCGAAAUGAAUGAUAUUUUGUAUGAUUUUAAUUUUAUACGCAAAAACCGAUCAAAAUCACAAUUUUUAUGGGAUUAGUGUAAUAUUUAGCCUACACAUAGUCAUUAAGACCUUAUUACCUGAAAUUUGUUUUACUAUUUUUUAUGAUUUAUAAGUAUAUUUUUUAAUAUAUCUUUACCGUACUGUAUCGAUUCAUUGUUUGGAAGACAGGAGAGCACGCUUUAAUAGAACUAAUAACUUAAUCAACCUUCAUUCAGAUUUUGUAUCGAAAUCUGUCGCAUUUACUUGGAAAGGUAGGUAAGAAGUAAUUACUAUGAAAAAUAUUAUAAACUAUUGAAAGGUAAAUACUUUCUACCGUUAGCACAGGGAAUCAAUAACAGCGAUCUCAAUGUAAGGGGCCAAUCAAAAUACAGAAGAAAAAAAUUAACAAAAAAAACGGGCCUACCCGACACAAUUUUCGAAAAAAAAAACAGCAAGAACACAUAUAAUAACGGCGCAUAUUUUUCGCGCGACUUUCAUAGUUCAUGCGGAAAUACGAUUUGUGGUUGUGAUUUUUAGAUGGAUUCAAUAAAGUUCAAACUUUAUUAAAACCCAAAUGCACAGCCAGAAUGCCAGAGCAAAGCAACUGAAAAAAAAGAAUACUGAAAUCUUCCUGUGUGCGUAAUCCAAACCAAGUUUCAAAAACGGACUAUCCAACAAUCGAAGCUGUUAACAAAUGCUACUCAAUCGUUUAUGUUAAGAAAAAAAAAUAUAUUUCAUUUAACCGUACACAUAUCAAAAGGGUGGAUGAGAAUACGCCCCGAAGGGUGUUUUUCCCAAGUCACAAAAAUAUUCGCUUUAAUUGUUACAUUUAAGUGUACAGUUUCAAGGGAUUGGAUUGAAUCUUUUCUAGGAACUAUCAUAUAAACUAUGUUGAAUUUGUUAACUUUUUCGUUUAGUUAUGUUUAUCCCUCGUUUAGUCAUUCGUAUUUCAGACGGCAUUCCAAUAAACUGUGAAUAAAUAGGGGAAAAAUUGAAAUUGAUUAAUUUACCCAUCGAUCGAACUGCAAUUUAUGAUCGAUGUAACUGCAUAUAAAAGUUGCCACCAAUAGCUACUUAUAGUAAUAAUCCUGAAGCAAUAUGAAAAAUUAUGCAAAAAAAACAUUGUCGUUAAACGUAGAUGAUAAGAGGCAAAGUGUUAUUUAUUUUUCUAAACGUAAAAAUUAGAAAAAAGUAAAAAAAAUCAUUGGCCAAAUAUGUGAUAAAGCGCUUGGUUGAAAACCAAACACUCAAACAAACAGCCUUUAGUGUUAAUAUUGAAUAAGUGAAGACAAAAAAAUGCAGCAUUUUUUCCAUUUGUUUUACCUCUCUCUAUACAUCAUAGAAGUGACUAAUCGAAGCAUUAAUUUCUACAAUCUUUCACUAUAUUAUAUUAUAUGAAAAUGAUAUAUUUCGAUAGUAAUAUGGUUAGAGCUAAUUGUAAGACGCUAAUUGAAGAACAACCUACAAUUAAGAGGGCAAAUCAAAAGUAUAUAUAUUUUUAAUAGAUCUAAUCGUAAAUGUGUAUCAGCAUAUAAGUAAGAGCAUUCGAGAAGAAGGGAAUUAUAUAAGUAUUUAUCAAAACUAGUUCGUAAGGCAUUGGUGAAUUUAGCUGUAGGCACAAAAGCCAAAGUGAGAUUGACACACACACAAGUUGUCUUGCAGCAUUCUUGCAGCAUAUUACACAUAUUACUUAUGCCGUUUGGACACGUAAACUUGGAAGAAUUCUUAGCUUGUAAGGACAAAAUGACAAAUAUUUACAUACACAACAAAAACCCAUACACGAACAAACAAACAAAACAAAAAUAUUUAAAUCUCCGAAAAUGUAGUGCAACUUUUUCAGUGUUUUAGAAUUUAUUGUAAUAUCAACGUUGGUCAAUGAUGGUAGCUUGUAAGACACACAUGAAGAUUUAUCAAAUGAGCUACAAAUCAGCAAACAGUAGGGGAGAGUGGGGUAUCGUGGGCCAUGGGGAAACGUGGGCCACUUUUAAUAUCUCAGAUGUGUGUUGAUAUAAAAAUCUCAAACCAACUGUCAUCGUCGUCGCUUUGCGUGAGCAUAUAUUCCUAUAUGUUGUUGACUGAAAUACGCAUCAUAUGCUUCUUUUAUUUAUCAAGCUAAAAAAAGUUAGAAAAAUUUACUUACAUAAUUAAAAAAAACACCCGCUAAUUUCAUCGAUGGGGAACCUAAAGUGCAUAACAAAAAUAUGCUCAUACGCUUAUGAUCUUUGUUUUGUCAUGAUCUUUCACGUGGAAAAGGAAUUUUUGAUGAAACAUCAAUAAGUCACACAAACGCAACCAAUUUGCAAAUCAUAGCUUGUGGGGAAUCGUGGGCCACACAUCUUGAAUCAUCUAUAUUUUUAUGUUUUUAUACACAUUCAAAACUUAAAUUACGUUUUACCUAUCUGCAAAGUUUUCUUAUGCCAAAUGAAGAGUUAUGAAAAAAAUUUGUCCAUACUAUAAAGGAAAUUUUGCCAAAACGGGUUUUGGAAUCUUUGCGAUCAUACACAGCUCUCUUUUUUAUUUCAUCAUCUGAAAUUGCUUUUAAAUAACGAAAUGAAUUAGGAAAUCACAGUUUUGAGUCAACUCAUAAACUUUGCAUGUUAUUUGGUCAAUUUGGAUUUGGUGGCCCACGAUUCCCCACCAUUUUUCAAAAUCCAAAAAAUAUUGCUUUUUUUCAAACAGUCAGAACUUGGAGAAAAUAACUUACUAAAAAAUUCAAAAAAAUACCUCAUGAUACCUUGAAAAUGUAGAAAACCAUACCAUUUUUCAUUUUCAAUUUAUCUUUUAUAGUAAAGAAGUUAUCGAACAACGAAAAAAAGUGGCCCAUGAUUCCCCACUCUCCCAUAUAGAAUACUAUAGGGAGUAAGGAAGUUUAGAAAUGGUAAGGCAUUGUAUCAAUAAUAAACUUUGUCACGCUGCGCAAAACGAAAGGUUUGGAGCAUUCGUGAUGAAACAAUACUGAUUUUACAAUUGUGAAACGGAAAAAUAUAUUUCGAGACAAUAUUUUUAAAAGAAAAUAACAAUUAACUGUACCAAGCAGUGGCGAUUCUGCUGCAACAAAAAAAAUGUGUGUGAAGUAAAGAAAAACAAUCUCUGAAACUAUAAUCGAAAGAUAAAAAACUGAAUGAUGGAACCAUGUGGAACAAACCGUUUACACGCUGAAGCAAAAACUACUAAAAUCAAGAAACUUAUCGAAAGUAGGAAGCGAGUGAGCGAAUGAUUUUGAACUAGUUAAUUAGUCGCAAACUCUACUGACUGACCGUUUCACCAAAUAUGAUGUAUGUAGUCCGUACUCGAACGAAAUGCCAAUAAUGGAGGCACAACAGUGUAUAGUUCCAUCAGCUAUUUGACAACGCGUGUUUAACACAAACAUUUAUUUCCAUCCUGAUCGAUCUACACCAGUUACUACAUUGAUGUUUAUGCAGAAUCCUUAAACCUAAGCUACCUGAACGAUCGCAGGAAAUUAGUAACAAAAAUAAUAAGCGUAUUUGUCUAGUUUGAGAUUCGGGAUUUCGGAAACGAAAAAGUGAAAAACGAGAUGACUUCGCUGUCUAGUCAAAGUUACCAUAUAACAGAAUGGUCUGUGGAUCCCAAAAAAAAAAAACAGAACAAAAUCUUUUUCGAGUCUGCCAAAUCUAUCAAGCGAAUCGCUUCCUUCCUAGCAUUUACAUCUCGUGGUUUACAUUUUCGAAUCCUCGGCACAAAAACUCGAGAAACUCGUCGCCAAAACUCGAUCGAAAAGUUUUCUACGUUGUUGUUGUGCAAAACUAAUUGUUCCCCAUUUCAUAAAUACACCCUCAACGGAUACAAACUUAUUUUUUAAACCUAAAACAACUAUACGAGGUGCUAUUAUUAUUCGCGAAAACAUUGAUUGAUUAAAAACAAACUACGCAGUUAGUUCUUAAUAGAUCUACCAUUUAAAGCAUAAGUAAUACCCAAAAGUCACUAGAAAAAAAUUAGGGAUCGUGUUCUGGGACACCUACAAUCGAGGAUCGGGAAUGCAUGAAUUUACAAGUUGCAAAUACGUUGUGCUACGCAUAAACAAUCUGUGCAGUGGAAAAUUUUCCCGAAGGCUUAAUUUUUGUACCUUAAUCAGGGCCAAGAAGGAUUUUUUCUGCGUUUUGAAACCUUUCUUAUAUUUGAACAUCAAUAGAAAUUGAAUCUUUUUAAUGAAACCAUUUUCAGAGAUGAUUCUUCAGAGUUUUGUUCAACCAAGACCAAUAGAUAUUAAUUAUAUUGGCCAUGUUUUCACUCGACAAGUCUAAGGAUGUAGGGUAGGGUCAAAUAUUCCAUAAUCAUAAUGUAAACUAAAGUUUUCUGAUCCAAAUGACAGAUCUUUCAAUUUACAAGUCAGUGUUAUCAAUUAGAAGAAAACACGUCACAACCAAAGUUUUCCAAUACUCUUCAUUCCGCCUUUAACAUAAUCUUUAACAGGCCACUUAAUUUUAAGAACUUAAGAGCAUACUUUGAUUAAGUUUGUUGAAAGUUUUAUUCCUAGAUUAAUUCCUGCCGCGCCAAACUUUAUUUUUUUGAAAAAUCGAAAUUUUUAAAAAGCUCAAACCAUUGAACAAAUUCGUUUGACAGCUAAGAAUAUUGUCAUUUUCGCCUGCCUGAAAAUCUGCCAUGCAUUUGAUUGUAAACUCACAUUGUUUUGUUCAUAAACCAUAAAAUAACCAUCCACAACGAAUCGUCCAUCAUGUGCCUUACUACUGGAUUGAUCAUGUAUCAAAGAUUUGUGAAACCUUUUCAGUUGAAAACCUUUUAAUUAUUUCAAUAUUGUUUCUGUCGAUUUUGAUAACCGCACAACAUUAUUUUCUUUAACCUUAUAGCGCUAAAAGAUUACUUAUUCCAUCAACACAUGGCGAACCAUAUACGAGAUAUCUCGUUUUAUCGCUCCCAGCAAGUAUGCUGCCCCUAGAUCCAUAACUCUAACGUUAUAAUUUGAUAAUGAAACUCAAAGAUUCCAAAUUUGUAGAAUUUAGUCCAAUGGUUUAUGAGAUAUAGUAUGCUAAAUUUCUGUGCCCUUAUGUGUUAAGAACAAGAAUUAUAACUUUUAAAGGCUGUUCUUUCUCCUUCUAAUAGAAGUGUUCAGACAUGCAGAAAUUUCAUUACAUUGAUGGUUUAUCAGAGUUUGAGACAUUUUGGACUGAAUAAUAAUAUUUUUUUUUUUUUGCAAAAACAAACAAAAAACAUUUUGUUUUAUAAAUACUGUUUAAGUUUUGCGUCCAAAACGAUUUUUUUUAGCAAGUUUAAUAGCAAUAAUCAUGAAAGGUUUUUUGAAAGCCAUUUUUUGAAACAUACGGUUUGAAAACUGCUGAUAAGUUGAGACGGAAAAAAAAUUUCAAGUUCAGUAAUUCCUGGGUUUUUGGUCGACAAUUUUGAAACAAAAUGCCCGGAUUGUGCCAGAUUUUAAGAUAAAAUAGCCCGGAUACGUGGUAAAAAAAUCUUGUAACCUUAGUUUAACACAAAAAAAAAAUCAAUAUAUUUUAAAUGCGAUUUUCAUUUAAAAAAAAAUAGAGGAAAACUUACGGGCUCAAAAAUUAGAUUUGAUCUUUAAAAAUUGUUAACACCAUUGAAUUGACGAGUUCACUAGCUAUGAAGAUUGGUAUGAGUCGACUUUUAUGAAAAUUAGGUGUUGUCUUGACUCGUGUUUCAUGCGUCACGAAAAAUUGAUAAAAUAGGUCAGAAUUUUCAACUUUUAUAGGACCUAAGUAUGACCUAACUCAACAACUUUCCAGGAAUAUAUCAAAGCUUAGGGUAACGGACUUUUUUUUUACCACCUUGCUUAUCUCUCUUAUAAAGCAACUUAUCAUGAAAAAAACUAAGAAAUAUAUUUGAAGCUCAGGCUUCAACUACAUUUGUUAGAAUUUUUUUUAUGAUUUAUUGCUGUAUAAGAGAGAUAAGCAAGGUGGUCAAAAAUAGGACCAGUUCACAGUGGUUUAAAACUCGAAAAACGUGAUCAUGGGCAUUUUGAAGGCUUAAAUGUCAAAAUAGCUCCGAGAUUUUUCAUUAUUUUAAAAUUCGCAUAUUUUAUUGCAAAUUAUUUUCUGAUCAAUUCACCUAUAAGAAAGAUAAUUUUCCUAUAUUUUUUGUACUUAUCAUUGUAUCACUAUGACGUCUUUCAGCCAAGUCAUUUUAGUAGUAAAACCUCAUGCAUGCAAAUGAACUAAAUGGACUAAAUGUCCAUGAAAGUUGAAAGAUAGGCCUUUCUAAUGCAUAUAUUUUUGUUUUGAUAUGUUUGCAACUUUCAGAGAUAUUAAACAAUGAAAACAUGCAGUUUUAAAAAGAAAUCACCCAAAAAGUACCAUUAAACUUCAAAAUAGUGACUUGAAACCUUCAACGAAGUUGUAUAGUCUUACAAUAGUCACAACUCUUUCAUAAAAAGUUGGUCCCAAAACUCGCUUCGAAAAAAGGUAAACGAUUUUUUCGUGUUUUGAGGUUAGUUUUUGAAAAAAAAAUGUCUUUAAACAUGUUGUUUCAAAAGAUAUAGCCUUGACGUCUUCAACAAAGUUUAUUUUAAAAUUUGAUGAUCUACAACUCUUUUGAAGACGUGAAAAAAUGAUAAAUACAUAAAAUAGAAAAAUUAUCUCACUUAUAGGUGAAUAUGCGCAUUUCAAAAUAAUGAAAUAUUGUAGAACAUAUAAAAAAGCUAUUUUGACAUUUGAGCCUUCAAAGUUCCCAUGAUCACGUUGUGCGAUUUUUAAACCACUGUUUAGUGGUCGAUAAGUCCUUUACUAUAUUACUGAACAUAGGCAAGAAUAUUGCGAAAUUUUUACAUGAAUUCCGAAGACAGCCAUUUUCAGUACUAGUUCCCUUUGCAAUUUCAACAAAUUUUAGAAUUUUCCAGGUUAGAUUGGAGUGAGACAAAAAAUGAAACAUUAAACAAGGUAUGAAAGUCUUAAUUUGAAAUUGAGAGUGUAUUCCAAUUUCCUGCGAUUAACAGUCCCCGGAACAGAUCCUCAUUAACAACGACAGAUUGAAACUGUGAUUUAUCAAAGAUCAUUAAUUUGGUUUACAUUUCUCACUAGUAGAAACUAAUGGUAAUAUCUAAUUCUAAUGAUUGUAGCUACUCUUAAAAUUCGUGGUUAGCUUUUCGAUAAGUUUGAAGAAAAAAAAUCUUUUUAUUUUCAUGCCAUUUGUAGCGUUUGCUAACUUUGCUGACUUCCAAAAACUGAUUGUAAGUAUUUAAUGCAUUACCGAAUUUAAAAAACCAAAACCUUCCGUUCCUAAUUUGAACCAAGAGGAAAUUGUGUCAUAGUGAUACAUCUUUUUUUCAAAAAAAAAUACAAUCUGCACCAAAUGGUAUAAAAUCAGUUUGUGCUACUCGGCGUUCUACGGCUAGUUAGAAACAUAUCAUACGAUGGAUGUAACUCUAAAACAGUUCGGGUGUUCUAGAAAACCAUCCCGAAUCCAUAACUGAUUCUAGCAUUAUCAUGUGGCAGUAAGUUUUUCAUUUGGCUCAAUCUAUUUGUCACGUGUGUAUCUUCCAUUUUGUGUGAACCUUAUCAAUGUCGCUAACUAUUUUGAAGUUUUUUGAACCGGUUAAUAAAGAAAAACCCCACGUAGAAAGCGUUACAUUGUUUGAGUACCUGCGAAUCGAAGAAUCAAAUCAAACUUCACACAAAAACACACGGAAAGCUGCACUAGUUUCAGUACGACCUUUCGUAAGAUGGUUAAAAUACAAAAAUUUGAAACACCAGCGAUGCGCGCUCAGUAAUGUCCUAGAACAUACGAGGACCGACCUACGGGUUUGAUCGAUACCACAAGAAUUCCAAGUUACGAGUCCUCAUUUGAAAAGGUGCGGGUAUAAUUGAAACGAUGAUCGGAAGCAACCCCUCCGCCAAUAAUAGAUUACAACUUGGACAUUACAUAUACGUUAACAAAUUGCCAUAAAUAUCGUUAAUAAUAAUUAAAAAAAAGAAUUUGGUGCUAAAGAAAACAACUAACAUUUAGAUGCUAAGGUUUAACUACAACAAAAAGAUAUAUAAAGCUUUGAAACUGAUGAUGAUGAAAAGACGAAAGAAAAAACACUGAACAGCUGAAAAUCAAUAAAUUAUAAUGCAUAUGUAUUGUAGAAGUAUAGGGGGACUCAAAACGAUUAACUGUGAAGGUUUGUUCCGAAAGCAAUUCCGGAAGCAAGGAACCACAUUUUCUUUACCUACGUAUAAACUUUUAGUGACAAGUGUUAUAGCAUUAAGGGGCAGUAAUAAUGGCCAAAACAACCUGUUUUACAGAGGCUACCAUCGAUUUGAUAAUUGAAUUUAACUAUAAAUACUAUUAAAAUGCAAAUACCAUUCUAUGUGUGGUGGGCGAGUUUGAUCAGUGAUUGGGAUCGUGGACGUUUUCCCAUUUUUUUAUUCUUGAAAUAACAAAAGUGUUAAGAAAAUAUAUGGAGGUAUCAAGAAGAAUUCUUUAUAAAAAACAUCGUCCAGUAAUCGCAUUUUGCUACGGCUCAUUGUACCUAAUAUUGAUGGCCAAUGUACUAUGAAAUGUCGAAAAAUCGUUUCUACGCCCAGUAUAGAAACCAACAUCCGUCUAUAGGAGCUAGACUUUCAAAUCAGUUAUCCUUCGCAUGCGACCAUCCAAGAAGCAUUCCUUGUGAGUUUCAGACGAAAAGUGUUUAUUGCAACUAACUACAUAUAUGUAAUUCAAAAUGUACCAUCAUUGUGGUACAUCGGUACAAUUGGAUAACUCAAGGUACAAGCACAUAGGCCUUCUGACCUUUUUACUCUGAACCUCGAAGAAUCUUUCCUAUGAAGAUUUGUUCUCAUAUCAGGCUGGUGAUAAAUGCAUCUCGGUUUCGAGAUGAGCCAGAUACAUACAUGCUGAUUGUGCGUAUUCAACUCUCAACUUGCUCUAUCACUACGGUGACACUUAGCUGUCCUUAUUCUUUAGAGAGCCCGUCUAAGGCCCUCUUAAUGGAUUAUACUUAUAAGCUCACCAAAACAACGUGAUAUUUCUGGUUCAAGACCAGGUCAAGUAUUGACCGUUGGCGAACAACCAGUCAAACCUCUAGAAUGACAACCGCGCUCUUCUGUCGAUAUCCCACUACCCCACUGUGUGUUUGUACGCAACAUUGUAUAUCCCCAGCAAAUAACGGUCCCACGUUGGGCGCCGAGUUAACGUGAAUCUUCUGGGGGGACCCCCAGUUUGCUUCUCUGGAACCAUGGGUGCAAUUGACUUGACUCAUGAUUACAAUCCCAGGAAACAUUUUUGUAGCUAUACUCUUAUACUGUUUUGAUAUACUUUCCAUAUACAUUAUAGAAUGAUCGUAUGAAGGUUGGAAAAACAGCAUUUAACUAUCAAUAUAUAAACAUAAAUUUCAUUUCUUUCUGAAGAGACGAAAACUACACCAAUUGGCACAUUGGCAUCUCUGCUCGUGACUCGAGGCUCACAUUCGGCCUCUUGUCACAAGGAGAUGUUGAUAAACGCCUCACUUCGUGACUUGAAACCCUUUUUCACUCCGCCCCCUUGUGACCCGAUUCGAGACGAGAGUAACUCGCCCCAUUAGACUUAAGGUCCCUGCGCCACAUGUUUCCAGCACCAGGCUCUCUUCUCUGCAAGUCGUGUGCCGAUCAUAUACGCUAAUCGUUACCAGGAACGUCCCCAAAAAGCAGACCGCGCGAACACUUUUGAUCGCCCCGCAUAUCGUGUUUGCGACUUCUCAAUGCACGUUAUCCCUGGUACCAAUGCACCGAGUCACACUCAAGCUUGCGAAUUUUGAUUUCUUUUUGCCCGAGUCGAGUUUUUCUUUGACUCCAUCCUUAUGCUGCCUGAGUUGGGUAGAGAAUCCGCUCAAGCUAACCCGGACAGAGCCGAGUCAAAUAAAAUCACCACUCUUGGCUCUCUUGCUCAAGAUCAACUCCCUACUCAACCGAGUGGUGAGUUUAGCAGACUCGCAAGGAGCUUGAGUCUGAUGGGAAAAAAAUCCGUAGAGUAAAAAUAAAAUCCGCUCACAGGUAGGCUGAUUUUAAAUCCUUGAGUCGGGAAGAGUCUCUUGGUUUUGACUCGCUUGAGUAUUUUAUUUUGACUCGCUUGAGUAUUUUUUUUUUGACUCGCUUGAGUAUUUUUGUUUUGACUCCGAUUCUUUUCGGCUAGCUUGAUUUUUUUU